CCUGUAUUCGUCUCGAAUCCUCGUACUAUCCCGUCAUCUGAAGUCACAUAUACACCUAGAAUUCGGGUGAAAAGUCAGCUGAAUUGUCCACAGUCCACAACGCCAUGUAAAUGUAGAGCAAUCUACUUUUGGGCGGCCUAACGCACCGGAGCCAUUCAAUCGCCAAGUCAAUCGUGGAGUCGAGUAUGCCGUUUGUGGGGCUAGUGUGCUGAUAUUCACAACAAUGGCGGCUUCCUCUCUAUCUUGAACCAGGAGCUCGUUACGAGCCUGUGAAGCCUGUGUAACCGGGCCACGAUCUGGGCUGGAUAUAUCAUUAGGCUCAGAGACUACCUCAGGCGGAAUAAGCAGCCGCACGAGGAGAAGCUUCAUAUGCGGAGUUGAAGAUGUGGCUACAGCAACAAGCAAUGGAUCCCUGGGUGAGAGCUGAAUGUCUGAAGGCGAAAAUGCAAUCCAGGCAUUUGAAUGAGGCGCAAGAUUUUGUCGGCCCAAUAGGUGGAGUUCUGGAGGAUCCGAUGAAAGUAUAGGCACAGAGUAAUAGUACAGGAACGUGGAAUCCCUUCGACCCAGAAGCAAGAUCGGGCGCUGGGAUUCGGGAGAUUGUACGAACAAGAGCGUCUCAGGCACGCUUGACAAGGUGAGAGAAGCCACGGGAUUGCCUAAUGUUGGGCGUGAAGGGUCAAGUUGAUAGAGAAAGAUUUUCGAGUCCCAUCCGGCAGUGGCGAUGAUAGCCGAACCUUCCCUGGAAUGCAUGGCCAACUUGACAACAUACUUGGAAUGGUCCUUGCGCUCGUCCAGGACUUGGUCGGCCUUCGUAUCGUAAAGAAGUAACUUUCCAGACAUGGACCCUGAACAGACAACGGAGAGCGAGGGAGAUUCAGGGUCAAACAGAUGCAGUCGGCGAUCAGCCGUAGUCGCCGCAACGUAUUGCUUUGGCUCGGCAGAUGGAAGCUGACACUUGAGCAAGCCAGUAGUGAGGAUGUUGGACUUUGUUGGCAUGGUUUCAACUAUCAUGGGCUCGCUGGGGGCGGGAGUGACCCAUUCCUGUUUCGGGUCAUCAACUCCCAACUUCUCGAAGUUGAGGCUUAGGUCGAAUGUCUUCUUUUCUUGGAGGAUCUGAUCUAUCGUGACUCCAACAGAACUGCCCGCAUCCGGCUCAAGGCCUGCCUCGAGGAUGAAGGAGUUCAAUGUCUGUACGCAUAUAAGUAUCACCAACAUGAGUCGAUGACGUAGCGCACAUACCUCGAUGUAGCCUCCAGAUUUGAGGAAGCGCGCAACCAGUUCCGCUGCUGAAGGCAACAUGAUGACACAUGGAAGAUCUCAACAAUUACGAAUUAGCCUUGGGUAAGUGAAGUUGACCUGGAGCCUGGGUUGUGGUUGGUGGCCACGCAAAAAGUGAAGCGGGAGGUGCCAGACACCCAAGUCUUAUCGAUAAGACUGACGCAGGGAAAAUCACACGGCGCUAGACGAAUCAGACGCCACUACGCCACCAUCUACACUUUUUCCAGGUCCGCGCAAUUGGGAUUCCCUCAAAGCUUGGAAGAACUGCCCCUGAAUACAGCAUACCGGGCUGCUUGGUCGUACCCGGAAUUAUCCGUCCCAACAUGGAGACUACUUCUCUGGCAAUCCGCCCAAAAGGAUCCAGCUACCAAGAAAAAUUAGACGAGCUCCUUGGGCUCCAGAAGACGACGUCUGAUCGGCCAUAUAGCAUAAUACACCGGCUGAAUCUCGCAAAGAGCUAUCUCGGUCUGGGAUAUCCGGAAUUGGCUGCCAGUGACGCGUACAAGGCGCUUCUUCUUGUCGAUGAAGUGAGCGAGGAGGCCGAGUUCCACGAAAAGGCCUUGGAAGCGGCUUUGGCUGAUCUGGAGACUUGCACCAAGUCUGCAUGGAUUCAUCAUGAUGGAUGUACCUGUGAAUCUGCGGCCAAAGACGCCGAUAAUGAACAGAGCGUGUAUGGUUGUGCCACGACGUGUUGGUUGAGAGCAGCAUAUGAUAUCUUGGUCCCUUGUCUGAUUGAUGUUGGAUGUUUGCGGAGUGCAUUCGACUACAAUGCACGGGCUCUCAAGGCGUUUCCCGGAGGUUCUUCUUUUACUUCCUAUCAAUCGACCCUUUCUGCACGCCUCGAGAAACACUUCAAAGGUCAGGGCGAGACUUUGGAAGGGACGGACAUUGAAGAGUACCCUGACAAAGGUUCCGUUCGUCGAGAAUUAUAUCCAUGGAAUGAAUACGAACCAGAUCGAUAUGCGCCCGACGUGCUCGAGUUCCUCAACAGCGAGCUGGAAAAGGUAGCGCCCAAGCUUGAAGUCAAGGUCUCGGAGCUGCCAUUCUUGAGUACCUCGUCCUCCACAGACACAAACCCCCGUACCGUAAAACAACUCGGUGUCUUCGCAAGACAAGACAUCCCACCCAACGAAGUCAUCCUCCGCGAGAAAUCCCUCUUAACAGCAAUCUCACGUCUUCACGAUACCUACUGCGACGCUUGCAGCGCCGCUCUCCCGCACCCAACCACCUCCGACCAAGAAACCUCCCAACUAACCUGCGAAGACUGCUUCGAAGUCUUCUACUGCAGCCCAAGCUGCCAAACCCUCGCCGAGGAAUCCUACCACCCCUCCGUCUGUAGCAUUCCCCUCUCCCAAAAAGUCUCCGCAAAAGACGCCGCAGAUGAACUUUACACUCUUCUUCUAAUCCGCGCCAUUGCGCUCGCGGAGCAGCAAGAUCUCCACCCGCUCGAACUAAAAGAAGUGAGAUAUAUAUGGGGGGACUACCAUAGCAUUCCUCCAUCUUCCGUUUAUCCGUCUUCCACUACAAAGGGUGAGAUUCCGCGCACUCUUCCCUUCUCAUGGAACGCGAAUGUGCUCCGCCCCCUGCACAUCCUCUCCCAAAUGGACGUCAACAUCUUCACGUCUUCCCCUGAGCGCUACGAUACAUGGAUCUUCAACACCUUGUACGCGAAGUUCCGCGGUACAGCGUCAGCGCGGCAAUCCGAGUUGGAUGGACGCCCCGAGCUAAGCGCUGUGCAUCCGCUGUGGUGUCUUGCGAAUCAUAGCUGUGAUCCGAAUGUGAGCUGGGUUUGGGAGGAAGGGGAGAUGAGGUUCUGGGUGAGGGGGGAGAGGGUGGAGUGGAGUCCACCGAGGGAUGGGGAGGGGAAAGGGAAGGAAGCGGGAUUGAAGAAAGGCGAAGAAGUGUUUAGUCAUUACUGCGAUAUCUCUUUGAGUGUAAAGGAGAGGAGGGAGUGGGCUGUUGGUGCGCUUGGCGGGGUUUGUGUUUGCGAGAGAUGUGUUUGGGAAGCUUCUCAUUAGUCUUCCUCUCCUUCGAUAUAAUCACUGUAUCUUGGUUUGAAGAGAAAAGAUGAAUUAGAGAGAUAGAAUUGGGCUAUGGGGCGAACAAAAGUGUCUUUUGCAUUGCGAGCACCUAGCAUCCAACUCGAAGAGAAGAAUCAAGAAAAGCUUCUGAGACGAUCAAAGCACAUGGAUACUUCCCACAAACUCACUCCCUUACAAAUCCACAAGCCCAACCUAGCACACUCUCCAUAUUGAUUUUAAACUCGAUACAACGCCGACCUGAGUAAUUGCCCUCUCUCAACAUUCAAAUGUUCAGAUGAACAUUUGAAGCUUUCUGCCGCGCACGUGACCUUUCGCAACUCAACAUUUGAACACACUUACCGUGUACCUGGCUUCAUGCAUCCCCCAACCUCCCCUCAUUACCCAUCCAUUUAUCCAUCCAUCCAAGAUACAAGCAUGCAAACACCCUCCCACCCCUUCCACACAAACCCUACCCCAAAAUCAACAAGACUAAACCCAAACAAGGCAGUGCGACAGCCCAACUAGGAAACCAAGACUACCCGUUACGGUAACGCCUGUAUUCGCUCGGGUAUCUGUCUACACCGAUCAACACGUGUGUGUGUGGCGCACGCGUUAUUGAUGAUGUAUUUGCUUUUUCCUUCG